AUGUUGGCUACCAGAGUGUUUAGCCUAAUUAGCAAGUGGGCAGUUUCCACCUCAGUGUGUGUUCAAGCACAUGGAAGUGUCCUGAAGAGUGAAGACUAUGCUCUCCCGAGUGACGACGACCGGCGUGACUAUCCCCUGCCCUAUGUGGCCCCCAUCAAGAACCUCUCUGCCAGCCAGAAGACCUUGAAAGAGAAGGCUCCCUGGAGCAGCCUCUCCAUUGAGGAGAAAAUUGAAUUGUUCCGCAUCCAGUUCAAUGAGAGCUUUGCUGAAAGGAACAGGAGCACGAAUGAGUGGAAGAUGGUUGUGGGCACCGCCAUGUUCUUCAUCGGCUUCACCGCUCUCAUUCUGAAUUGGGAGAAGCACUCCGUGUAUGGCCCCCUCCCGCACACCUUUGAAGAGGAGUGGGUGGCCAAGCACACCAAGAGGAUACUCGACAUGAAGGUCAACCUGAUUCAGGCCUUCUCAGCCAAGUGGGACUAUGACAAGAACGAGUGGAAGAAAUAG